CUACCGUCGAAAGCCUCCCUCCCUCCCUCCUCGAUCUCUCUCCCUCAGCUGCCACAAACUUUAGGUCCCUUUCCUAUGAUCCCGUGGUCGCUGCCCCUGCUCCAUCCGACCUCCCUCGUUAGUCGCCGCCGCCGCCGCUACGGCUCCUCCAUCCACCGACUCUGUCCGUGCAGGUGGCCAGUUUCCUUCCGCCCCAACCUUCUCCACUGUCUCCCCAGUUCAUCCUCCGUCCCUUGCUGCUCGAGAUUCUCAUCUGCUCAGGCCGCGAGGAAGCCACGUGAGGAGGAGAAACCUUGUCUCGAGAAGCCGCGGGAGGAGGGGCUCAACCAGAGAGGAGCAGAUGCCAGCCAGGUAGUCGGCUCGGCCCGAUGUCGUCCUUCAUGUCUGGGUCGUGGCAGACCCUAGCGCCGUCCUUCAGGUGUCUUCACAGCUGCAGGAGUAUAUGCACUACAAGCUAAAGGCGCGCAAUCUGUAUAUUUUGUUCCAAUAAAGAAACCCGGACCAUAUAGAAUGAUCCAAUGAUAGGAUCCUGCUGUGUUCUAAUGAAUAGAUUUUUCAAAGGAUCUGUUUAAAGACAACAGGCAUAUAUUUUUACAGAGAUCAUAUUAUUUUGAUGCCCAUAAGAAGUUGGUGGUUCAUGGAGACCCAAGGUGCAAUGACAGAAGAUAUCAGAGGAGCAGAGGAAAAUGCAAGUGUGUAUGUGUGAAAAAUUAUUGCUUUAACUCAAGAUCAACUCCUCGUUCUUUCAAGCGCUAUGUUGCUUACUCAAAUGUUUGUGGCGAUUGUAUCCUUGUGCCAUGAAUAUUUGUACUUAGAAGAUCAAUAUAAACAUAUUGGCUAUCUAUUUACCAAUUCAAAAUUUAAAGCACUUUAUUUUAUGGCCUUGAGUAAAAGUUCAGUCGUUGUUGGCUGGAAGACAUCUUCAACACGCCAUCAACACGAGCUUCCCAAGAAAGAAGAUUUUGUCGAUGAUGUAAGAUAUCCACAUGUUGUAUAUGUGGAAAAACCAAAGGCUCAGGAUGUUAAUUUUUUGGAUGAAAUGAUUUAUCAGGCAAAAACUACAAGUGAAUUGGAAGAAGUAACGCUCAAAAGCCGAAAUAUAAUUCCUUGGGAAAGGGUAGAUGUUAGCUUCAAGAGAAGUAGACAAUGGAUUUUUUCCCAUAGCACCAUUCAGGUCCAGUUGUCGUUGCCUUCACUUGCUUUGUCGUUUACCGAUCUGUCAGCUCGCUGGUUCCCUGUCUUGCUGUCAAGUGUCUCCCUGCCGCCAGAUAGGAUGUUCUUCUGGGCAACUGGCAGUACGGGGGCAUUGUCCGCCUAUGAACAGGCUGCUUUGCAAGCUAUAAAAUUCUUACAGUUGAGAUCAAGGAGAGAGCGAGCCAUUGCAGAGGAGAGGGGAUAUGAGGGUGGGAGGAGGUCAGGCAUUGCUAACAGAUUUGCGGCAGAGUGGGAGAGGUGACGCCGGCCGGCGCCUCACCACCGGCUCCUGUUUGGCGGUGGCAAAGAGAAGGGUGCCGAGGAUGUGUUGCUCUAUGCAUGGCUGUCGAAGUACAUCAUCAUUAUGAUGUGUGUGGUUUUCUCUAUUUUCAGCCCUACUGCUCCUGAGCCCAAAUCCCAUGACCAUGCCCCCACCUGUCCUUCGUUAAAAGAAGGGAGUCUAGUUGCUAAAAAGUGAGUUUUCUUAAUCAGUAUGUAUGGCCCCUCUACACAUGUCAUUUCUUCGUAUUUAAGAGGCCCUCAAGCUUUGUCAGAUUUCUAACAGAUAUGGGAUUUUAAUUUGAUAGUCCCAACAACGGUGGGUACUGAUGGAGCUAUCUAUUAUUUAUUGUCAAUCUGUAAUACUUUUGUCAGCUUCUAGCAUGGCGUUGCUCUGCCAGAGUGUAACUUUCUCUGCAUGGCAUACACCAGUUACCAUUA